AUGUUUGUUCAAUUGUUUCGUAGGUCUACGGAGGAUGCAUCCAUGUUCGCUGAUGCAGAGGAGGUAAUGUUUAAAUGCAUUUAUUAUUACCAGCGGACUUGGCAGUUUCACUGGAAGAGCGGCCUGGCUGAACGAAAAUGAUCAACGUUGAAGACAGAACCUGACAUUCAAUAUCCACUUUUUUGCUUCAUUUUUAAGUACCUUAGAUUAGAUGUCGCAGAAAUAUAUUGAGUUCACUGCAUAGUCCUUCAUGUUGAACUCCCUCUCAAUUUGAGGUUUGAAUAUAGCCCGGGCCACCUAAAUUCUCUUGCGACGAUUUAAAAUUUGGCGUUAGUUCUCGUAUAAAUAUCGGAAAAAAAGAGUGGGUCAAAGAUGGUAAAUAAAAAACAAAAUUGGAGGCUUCAUUUUGAAAACUGGCGCUAUUUUUAAAACAAAUAUGAAAUUUUGUUAGAAAACAUAUGGGGGUUACCCUGGUGGCCAGAGGUUCUCAUAUCUUCCGCCCCAUUACGGCGGCACAAGAACCUCUGGAACCAGGGUAUAUGGGGGUUUGCAUGGGAUCAAAUGUUCUGCUUUUAAAAACGUUAGAAACGACGCUAGUAGUACCACAGUUUUAAAAAUAUAUAGCAACCAAUAUCAUAUAUUCCAAUUGACGUCACAAGUGUAGUUUGUCCGAAUAUUCCCACAAUUCGUGCGGGCUUAACAAUAGAAUAUAGUUCAUUUGCAUUCAUUUGAAAGUCCAUUUCAGUUCGUUUUUCUGAAGUUUGUGAAAAAAUAGGGGUAAAACAUUUUUCCCGGACAUGAAAAAAAUGGUUGAAAAAUUAAGGUUUUCAAAAAUAUUUUUCCGGACAAAUACCUGUAAAAUCCCGGGUAAAACGCAUUUUUUCGUGCCAAUACUAGUAAAAGUAAGGUCCAAAAAAUUUUUCUCUUACCAUUACUUAUAUAAUAAAAGUUCCAGAUAUUUUUAAUUACACCUUUUGUGCCCCCCCCCUUUUGCAAAUUGCCCCAUUUACCCCCGCUCUGGGCGGCCCUGGAGUUCAGCGAAAUAACUUCUUCUCUGAAACUAGGGUAUUAUUUUUUUCUUCUUUAGUUUGCUCAUUUACUGGAAGACUCUGGUGGUGUUGCUCAAGGAGGCAGCGAAGAUGUGGACAUGCGAGGAGUAAGCUGGAAACAACAGCAAUGGGAAAUGAAUAGAAUGCGUAACCCUUCUCAGAAAAAUAAUUUUCGAGGUGGUAAGAAUCGCGGGAGGGGUUCGCGGAACUUCGGACAGGGUUCGGCAGGGGCCGGAAAAUCUUCGCGAAAUUUCGGACGUGGUUCGGCCGGGGCCGGAAAAACUUCGAAGAACUUCGGCGAAGGUCGGAAAAAAAUCGGCAAGGGGAGAGGUAAACCAAAGAAUAUGGGUAAUAAACGAAGAAAAGGAAAAUAGAAAAAGUGAAAGUAGUGCCGGGUAUUAUUUAGUGAAUAUUGGAUAAUUAUUGUGAAUAAUAUUUUAAAAAAAAAUUGAUUUCAGUCUGUUUACCCUCACCGAACAUGAGAAUGAUCGAUGGGCAUUUUUCCGUCGACAAGUUUUAUUUGUUAUGAGCUCUUUGUAACAACAAUGUCAACAAGAAUAACAAAAACGUACAACAUUUUAUUUACUUUUGCAUAAAAGUUAUAAAAUUGUAAUCAGAUGUAUUUAAUGACACAGGCAAUGAGAAUGGCUACGCGAAAUAACUUUUGAGCCGUGCACUUACACUUGCAAGCCUGUGGCUGUCUUUGGGGUAUGGUAUGGAAAUCGAUUUUAACAGAU